AUGCGCUUGGCGGACGUGAAGAUCCGGAGAAAGAAGAAUGUCAAGAAGGGGAUUCAGUUCUGCCUCAUGGUUUGCGGUGCAAGCGGAACUGGUCGGACCACUUUCGUCAACACUCUCUGCGGUAAAAGAGUCCUCCAGCCCAAAGACGCCGACGACGCAGCCAAUGCCCAUCUCGAGGAGGGAGUUCGAAUCAAGCCCGUGACGGUUGAGCUCGAGUUGGAUGAGGAAGGCACACGUGUUUCGUUGACCAUCGUGGACACACCCGGCUUCGGCGACCAGAUCGACAAUGAAGCAUCCUUCGGUGAAAUCGUUGGCUACCUCGAGAGACAGUACGAUGACAUCCUCGCCGAAGAAUCCCGCAUCAAGCGAAACCCUCGAUUCCGCGACAACCGUGUGCAUGCAUUGCUCUAUUUCAUCACCCCAACCGGACAUGGCCUGCGUGAACUCGACAUUGAAUUGAUGAGACGCCUCUCCCCGCGUGUCAAUGUCAUUCCAGUCAUCGGCAAGGCUGAUUCCCUCACCCCUGCUGAACUGGCCGAGUCCAAGAAAUUGGUUAUGGAGGACAUUGAGCAUUACAGAAUCCCAGUCUACAAUUUCCCCUACGACAUCGAGGAGGACGAUGAGGAUACUGUCGAGGAAAAUGCCGAGCUACGUGGCCUGAUGCCGUUUGCCAUUGUCGGUUCUGAAGACGUGCUUGAGAUUGAUGGACGACGUGUUCGAGCACGACAAUACCCAUGGGGUAUUGUUGAAGUGGACAACCCUCGUCAUUCCGAUUUCCUGGCCAUUCGCAGCGCCCUGUUGCACUCGCACCUUGCGGAUCUCAAGGAAAUCACACACGACUUCUUGUAUGAGAACUACCGUACGGAGAAGUUGAGCAAGAGUGUGGAUGGAGGCAUCUCGGGCCAAGACUCGUCUAUCAAUCCCGAAGACCUAGCCACCCAGUCGGUGCGUCUGAAGGAGGAACAACUCCGACGUGAAGAGGAGAAGCUGCGGGAGAUCGAAGUCAAGGUUCAGCGAGAAAUCAAUGAGAAGCGACAGGAGCUGUUGGCACGAGAGAGCCAGCUUCGCGAGAUCGAGGCCCGAAUGCAGCGUGAACAAAGCCAGGGCGUGGAAGACUUGAACGGCCAUGGCCACCAAGAUGCAUAA